CUAACCACGCGGAUUAACGAGCAGCAGCUCAUUAAUUCCAGUUCCCGAAUUAAUCCCCCGCGAUAGUGAGCGAGCGAGAGAAGAGAAACACCACCAACGCCAGCUGCAGCGGAUGCACGCCAAUUUAUUGCCUUCCUUCUUUCCUUCCUCCCUCCCCCACUCCUCCUCUCGCUGUAAGCCUCGCCCCGCUCCUGAACCCCGCCCCCCUAUCCCGAUCCGGGCCUUCCAGAAGCUUCCAGAUCCGCCGAGACGGCAAUGGUGUAGCGCCCCCGGGGCCGAGAUGUGCGGCGCCGGCUUCUUCCUCUUCAUCAUGCUGCUCCCCGCUGGCUGCGCGUUUCAUGCAAACAUACUGCCUGGUCCAGCACUGGUUCCAUCAAAUUUCCCUGAAACAAGAGUAUUUGGACCACGGAUUUCCCCAGCAUUUUCUCCCAGGACAUUGUCACCACAAUCUCCUGGCAUCGGUGUGCGCUCUCGUUCACACAAGCACCACAGACGAUCACAUCAUGCCCCUCCGCCAUCAUCGUCCCUACCGCCUGAAGCAGGUUGCUCCAGCACUGUAUGCACUGAGCCAAUGAGUACAACACCAAUUGGUUCCCCCUGUGGUUGUGUGCUGCCUCUUAGUGUUAUUAUUGACCUCCAUGUAGCUCCGUAUUUACUAUUCAUGCACAUAGCAGAAUUAGAAGUUGAAGUUGCAGCUGGGACAUUUCUUAAACAAAGUCAGGUGAAGAUUAUGGCUGCAAUUGAAAAUAUAACGGAUGGACAGAAGACAAGAGUGACCGUUUAUUUGGUGCCACUGAGAGAACAUUUUGAUAGCUAUACUGCCUACCUAAUAUCCGAUAGGUUCUGGAAUAAAAAGAUUCAGAUAAAUUCGUCUGUUUUUGGAGAUUAUGAAGUUAUAAAUAUUACUUACCCAGGGCUGGGAUCUGCGCCACCAUCUAUUUCAUCUGGGCUGGUAUCAGGUCCUCCAGGAAAGGGGGAAGAUCCCAUAACCGCAGAUGUAGACCUACUAAAGAAGAAGAAACUAGAUAGCUGGAUCAUUAUUGUAGCUUCAGGAUCUUCUCUCGCACUUAUUAUGGCAUGCAUCGGGCUUGUUAUUUUAGGACUAAAAUGGAUAAAACUUAAACGCCUUCAAGAGGCUGAGAGCCCUGCAAUCACCCCAGCAGUUAAUAGAAGACACGGUGGCAGAUCAAUUUUGUCAACUAGCUUGGUGAGCUCUGCAUCAGCAUCAAUGCUCUCAACAGUGGCUACUUGUGCGGCAUCAGUAAAGACAUUUUCGCUAGCCCAGCUUGAAAAGGCUACUGAUGGUUUUAAUUCUAGAAGAAUUUUGGGUCAAGGUGGGUUUGGAUGUGUCUAUCAUGGGACCAUGGAUGAUGGAAACGAGAUUGCUGUUAAAUUGCUCACGAGAGAGGACAGGAGUGGCGACCGUGAGUUCGUUGCGGAGGUGGAAAUGCUCAGUCGGCUGCACCAUCGUAAUCUUGUUAAAUUGAUUGGGAUUUGCAUUGAACGGACCAGAAGGUGCCUUGUUUAUGAGCUUAUACGCAAUGGAAGUGUGGAAUCCCAUCUUCAUGGUGCUGACAAGGAUAAGGGCAUGCUGAACUGGGAUGUUAGGAUGAAAAUUGCUCUGGGUGCUGCUAGAGGCCUGGCGUAUCUGCAUGAAGAUUCAAACCCUCAUGUUAUACAUCGUGACUUCAAAGGUAGCAAUAUAUUGCUGGAGGAAGAUUUCACCCCCAAGGUUACUGAUUUUGGUUUAGCAAGGGAGGCAACCAAUGGAAUUCUUCCCAUUUCUACUAGGGUAAUGGGUACUUUUGGGUAUGUGGCUCCAGAAUAUGCCAUGACAGGGCACCUUCUUGUCAAGAGUGACGUCUACAGUUACGGGGUUGUUUUGCUGGAGCUUUUAUCAGGAAGGAAGCCUGUAGGCAUGUCUGAUAACAUGGAUCCUCAGAACCUUGUGACUUGGGCUUGUCCUCUUCUAAGCCAUAAGGAAGGCUUGGAGAGGUUGAUUGACCCUUCUCUGAAUGGCAACUUCAAUUUUGACAACGUAGCUAAAGUGGCAUCCAUUGCUUCCGUGUGUGUUCACGGUGAUCCAUCGCAGAGGCCAUUUAUGGGUGAAGUCGUGCAGGCACUGAAGCUUAUUUACAACGAAGCAGAGGAGGCUUGUGGUGAUUCUUACAGCAACAGGGAUUCGUCAUGCGACCCAGAUGAUGACCGUCAAGGAGGCUUCAUAUUUGAAAGUGGUAGUGGUAGCUGGUGGAAUAGCGGGGCUUCUGGCUGUUUGGACUACCGGAAUUCACCACCAUUCAUAAACAUGGAGUACAGUUCCGACCGAAUAGAGCGAAGGCAGGAGUAUGACUAUCACUCAGUAGUGUCAACAGGCGCUCGUGUACAAAAACCAGCAAUGCAUAGUAGAUCAGCUCCUCUGCGGAUUAAGAAGCUCUCCCCAUCGCAUUGGUCAAGAGGCAGCUUCAGCGAGCAUGGGUGGUCACAUCCUCACCAUUGAUUUAUAAACUAGCGUUAGACCGUUAGCUUCAGUUGACUUGAGAUUGAGGCUGGGAGGAUGCCAUUCACCUCCCACUAAUUCUUGCCUCUGGUUAGUGUACAGUUUUUGCAAGUCCCAGUGACCCUUGUGGUAGUCCGAUAUUCUCAUCAUCUGCCUUUGAGCUGCCUCCCUUCCCCAGAAGCAAACGCUGGUGGGGCUGGCUGGCAAGCAGUCUCUAAUUUUGCAAAAUGAGGUUCAUUCCUGAUGUAUCUGAUUCCGUUGAUUCGGGUAGUGAAAUUCUUGCCAGAAUUUCUGGGCGAUAUAAUUCUUGUAUGUCGUUGUCUGCUGCCCUGCAGAUGUACAGGAUUAUUAGCCGUUGGAGUGAUCUUCCUCUCUUUGGAGAGGUAAGCUACAGCCUCCGAUCCAUUUAGCUGAGCUUA